AUGGACGACCUACCAACCGAGAUACACAAAAUGAUAAUUGAUAAUUUGCAAGAAGAUGCAGAGAAGGUAUUCCUCAAACCAAAUGCUUUCAUCGGAUCUACUAAGGGAAAAAAAUCCUUGCGCAAGCUUGUUCGCGCCUUGCAAGGGCUACUGCAUCUAUCUCUGACCAGUCACUACUACGAAGCUCUCGCAACCCCAGCCUUGGACAAGCAGCUAAGAACUGUUUUGAGGGACAUCAAAGAUACGCCAUGGCAACGAAAUCGAUUUGAAAAACGAGACAACAAAUCAACGAGGGGGAAAGACUCAUGGUGUAUCUAUCCGGAAUAUGGGAAAUGCCACUACCAUUUUGGCAUUGGGCACAUACUUUUUGCACCUUCGACUGAAGACACAUUCAUGUCUUUGAUUCGCUUGACGGGUCUAGCGCCAGAUAUGAUUCAUAAGGAGAACGGGUACAACGGUGAUAUCAAAAUAAUGACGGAUCCGACGGGUGAGACUAUCGCCGAACGAAGGCGUCAAGAUGCUAGAAUGAAGAGACAGAUCCUCGCUGGAUUCGCAGAAAAGGCUCGCCGGGAGGAAAAAGCAAUGAGGCGGAUCAAGCAGUAG